AUGAUUGAAAAUAAAAUCCUCUGUUUAAUUACUUUCAUAAUCAACAUCAGUGUCUUUGCUCCAGAAGUGACGGCCAAAAAGCCAAGUAGAAUAGUUGGUGGCGAAUCAGCAAGAAUAGAAGAUUGGCCAGCGGUAGUUACUGUUGGAAAUAUUUUGACAAACGAAACGUGUGGUGGUGUACUUAUAAGUCACAAGCAUGUAUUAACAGCAGCGCAUUGUAUUGUUAGUGGUCGUGAAGAAGAUGAUCCAUCUAUGGAUCAAUUGGAGUAUUAUAAUGUACGAGCAGGAUCAAGUAGUUGUAAAAAUAUGGAUCAAGAUAAAUUGAUUCCUGUGGUAACAGUAAAUAUUCACAGAUUCUUUCUUAGAUAUCCACCGACGCCUGAAGCCGACAUAGCGAUAUUAGAGUUGAAAAGGACUAUAGACUUUGAACCAGCGUUGAUACCGACAAGACAAUUCAGAGAAGGUGAGACAGGAACGAUUCUUGGUUGUGGAUGGACCAAACCUGAAGACAGUUCUAGUGUCGAUGAUCUUAAAAAAGCAUCAAUGACUAUUAUAAAGGUUGAUGACAGUUCUAUUAAAGCAAUUGCAACUACAGGAAUCGCAUUUUGUUAUGGUGACAGUGGUGGUCCAUUCAUGAUUGGUAAUACUGUCGUGGGAAUAAUUUCAAAUUCAUUUGACUGUACAGGCAAUACACCUGGGUCAUAUACAAAUGUAUAUACAUACACAACAUGGAUUGAUGAUGUAUUAACUUAUGGAGGGCAAAGUAUAUUUUCGGGAGAUGUCAAAAUAAGAAAGAAUAAUUUUUCCUAA